AUGACAACAACCGCAUCACCGUCGCCAUCAAAAAUACCAACACCAUCACCUCUACCUCUACCCUUGCCCCCCUACGUAACUAAACUAAUCAGACAAAAAUCCGAAAUUUUUCCCCCUAAAGAGGUAAUAGACAACAAAGCAGAAGCACAUUACAAUAAUAUUUUGGAAUCAAUCAACGAAUCAAAAAAUAUAAAGACGUCAAUAAAAGAAAACAUAGCCUUUCAUGCAGAAAAACUGCUCCACAUGGUAGAUGCCAUAAACUGCGACAUGACAGACCUAGCUAGAGAGGUACUAGCGGCGGUAAUGGAACGACUUGACCAGGCACCUGAAAAACAAAAACAGACACAAGAAAUGACGGAACUAAACACAAAGAUGGAAAAACUAAUGGAACAAGUAAUAACACAAAACUUGGACUUAAAAAAGGAAAUCUCGGAGUUAAAGGCAGAAAUAAAAGAAAUAAAGGAGGAAAAAAGCAAUACCGGACUGAUGGAGGAACUACAAAAACAGAACAUAGCAACCGAAAAAACCCAAAAACACCUACAAGAAAUAAAAGAAGACAUCAAGGCAAUACCAAUCUCACAACCAACACCAACAGAGAAGCCAAAUACGACACCAGAAUCCUACUCUCAUGCAUUACAGCAAGCUUCACUACCAAAACCGACCCUCUGCCUACUCGUAGCAUCGAAGAUCCCACAAGGUGCGGACAAUAAUCUUUUAAUGCGUACCACACAGCCCGCAUUUCUCUUUGAUUGGAAUGUAAACGCCCUUCCUCUAGCGUCCAUUGGCCCGACAACCUCAGAUUGUUCAGCUGAGCUCCCCAUCCUACUUCUGAGGCGUCUGUUACCAGGUAUUUCGAAAUGGGAGGGAAAUGAAGGAGCGAGGGCCGAGUCAGGU